ACUGAAGACGCCGCACCGAUCAUAUGAUGUAUAAUAUGACAAACCCCUUACUGACAAAUAACAUUUUGUUUGUUUUGUUUAUAUCAAUAAGUGUCCAUUCAUGUUUAAUUUCUAAUUUCAGUUUCCCCCCCCUUUCUCCCAACUUUUUGUUUGCUCUUUGCUUUUCUCUCUUUACACCUCCCCCCACCAAUCUUUGUGAUGAUGAUGCCUUUUGUCAUUCUGUCAUCCACACACAUCCCUUCUCCUUGUCCCUCCGCCCCGCUUGCUCGUCUCCAAUCAACCAGGCCGGUCACCGGUUGGUCCUGGUCUUAGGCGACCUGCACAUCCCCCACCGGUGCAACACCCUGCCAGCCAAGUUCAAGAAGCUGCUGGUGCCGGGGAAGAUCCAGCACAUCCUCUGCACGGGCAACCUGUGCACCAAGGAGAGCUACGACUACCUGAAGACUCUCGCAGGCGACGUCCACAUCGUCCGCGGAGACUUCGACGAGAACCUGAACUACCCGGAGCAGAAGGUGGUGACGGUGGGCCAGUUCAAGAUCGGGCUGAUCCACGGGCACCAGGUGAUCCCGUGGGGGGACAUGGCCAGCCUGGCGCUGCUGCAGAGGCAGCUGGACGUGGACAUCCUCAUCUCGGGCCACACGCACAAGUUUGAGGCCUUUGAGAACGAGAACAAGUUCUACAUCAACCCGGGCUCCGCCACCGGGGCCUACACUGCGCUGGAAAGCAACAUCAUCCCCUCCUUCGUACUCAUGGACAUCCAGGCGUCCACGGUGGUGACGUACGUGUACCAGCUGAUUGGCGACGACGUCAAAGUGGAGAGAAUCGAGUACAAGAAAUCUUAAAAAAAAAAGAAAGAAAGAAGGGAGGAGAGCCGGGGUGGCGUGUUGUUGCAUUCCUUUCCACUAGGGGGCAGCAUCUGCCCCACAGUCCCAGCAUUGACGCUGACCUGUAUGAUAUUGUUUAUAUUGCGUCAUCCACAUGUGCGCGUCAUGAUUGAGAAAUACAAUGCUGUCACGUGACUUGACUGUCCAACACACUUUUGGCGCCAUUUUUUGUUUCUUCUUCUUGUAAGUGACCUUCAUUUAGCUUCUGUCCUUACUAGCACACAAUAAACUUAGCAUUUUACUCCAAAA